AUCCGCGGUGUUCCAUUCUAUAAAGCAUUUUCGGAUAUAGCAAUUUUUGAAGUGGAACCUAUCGAUGAAUUGGUAGAGAAAUUAAACGAAGAAAAUAAGGAUGAGUAUGAAGAAGGGAUACAUUUUGAUCUAGCAUGCAUAUCGGAAUCAGUAAUUCGAAAUAGAAGAUCGAAUUAUAUUAUUGUUUCAUACGGGCGUAGAAAAAAUUUAUUACACGAAGCAGAUGAUAAUCCAAUUAAUGUUCAAUUGAAUCUUCUUCUUGAAAAUAAUGUUUAUAACGAUGAAUGCCCGGCAAGCAUUCCAUUGCCAGCUUGUGCACGUGUUAUGCUAAUCGAAGGUCAAAAUACUAUCACUGAGGUUUGA